AUGUCAAGAAAUAAAGCAAAUCUUAUUACGAUUUUCGACCAAAGUUAUCGAGAAUGUCAUGAUAUCAUCUUGAAUUCUUUAAAAGAUGAUUUGAAAACGUUAUAUUCAUGCAUCCGCGUGAACAGAUCAUUUUGUCGAAAUUUCAUUCAGAUUCUUUGGAUAAAUCCUUUUAAAUUCGCCAAAGAUGAAGAUAGGUUGGUUCAAAUAUUCAAUACCCUAAUUCAUUGUCUUGAUCAAACCGAUAAACAAUGGUUGGCCAAGCAAUCAAUUGAGAUAGAAGAACUUCUCAUACCCAUGGCGUAUUUUCAAUAUCACACUUUCAUCAAAGAGUUUGAAUUGAAUUCUUUACGGAAAGCAAUGAGAAUUUGGACUUCAAUUCAUUUACUAAAGUCAGGUGAAAGAAGUAGGGUUAUCAAUAGAAUAAUUCAUAAGUGUAUUGGUAAUUUAGUUUUUAAUAAAGAGGGUCAAUAUGACUCUCUUAAUCUAUUUUACAAUGAUUUUUCAAGAUCCAUACUUAAUAUUUGUGAAUUUAAGAAUCAUAAAAAAAGUUUAGCCAAUGUUAAGAAAUUAUCGUUGGGAUUAUUCAAUAGUAAUGGUAUGGAAGUAAUCACGCAUAUCGCAGAAAAUUUUUCAAAACUUCAAAAAGCUUUUUCACCAAACAUCCAACACUUACAAAUUCUUGGUAUUAAUUCGAUAAGACCAAAUGAAUUAUCUAGGAAUUUGAUUUCAUUCAUUCAUUCACAACGUCACCUGAAAUCUUUAUUAAUUCAUGACUUUUGGAAAGGUGAAUUUGAACCUUUCCUUAAUGCCCUACGAAAACAUACAAAAUCCUUAACUUUUUUAAAAUUAGAAUGUCCAAUUUUGUUCACGACAAAUUUAUUGUCCAUGUUAAGAUCAUUACCAAAUCUAAUCACGCUCGAACUAAAGUUUACGCCCAUUCUUGAUGGAGAUGCUUCACGAGAAAUUUCAACGGCUUCUUUUAGUAACCUAGAACAUCUGAAUUAUGAUUGUUGUCUCUCAUAUCAUUCAACAAAUCACAUUACACUCUUUAAAAAAAUCCUUUUAUCAGCAAAUCAUUUGAAAUCCCUCAGAGUUGAUGACACUUAUUGUCUUUUUAUCAAAGAAAUUCAGGGACAAUGUUUUUCGAAUUUAACUCAUUUUCAUUUAAUUUUGCGCCGCAGUGCUAUCAUGGAUUCAAUGUCUUUUGUGGAUUUAAUGGAUUUAUUAAGAAACUUGCAUCAACUGAUUCAUUUGAAAUUAAAUAGCGUUUUAAAUCGUUAUUGUAUAUUAGAUAGAAUUGAUUUAUUUAAAAAAUUCUCUCAAGUACUUGCUUGUUCUCUAAAAAUUCUCGAAGUUAAUUUUCCUGUCUUUGAUGAAUAUUUGAAAGUACUGUUCAAUGAAUCCAAAUUUAACCUACAAUGCCUUAAGUUGUAUCGUUAUGAACGGUAUCAAGAUAUUUCAUUAAAAGUUUUCAUCGAUUAUGCAAAAAGAAAUGAGGGAUUUAAAGAACUCGGUAUCACUAAAGAAUUCAAGUUUUCUAAAGAACUCAUUGAAGAGGCACGACAUCACUUUAACAUUUUGGUACACGCCAAUAAUGAAAUCAAUAGUCCAUUUUAUGAUAUACCAAUUAAAAAUUCCUAUUGGUGUAAUAAAAUAUAG